AUGAAUAUCAAUACAAACCAGGUCGUUCCCUUUCAGCACCCACUGAGAGCCACUGCCAUGGCCGUUGGCUCUCAGGCUCAGGGAGAACGUCGAGCGCCUCGUAUGAGCCACAUGCAAAGUGCCAAUGAGGGACCUGCGGACAUCAUUUGUACGGUAUCAGGCGCAGUGCCAGGCGGGAAGCGAGAAGACGAUGGAGCGUACUUCACCAAUAACGAAGGAUUACCAUUCCCUGAUCCAGCGCAUAGCAAGACCAUUGGUGGAAUCCCCGUCGCGAGUGAUGUAUUUCUCUUUCAGAAGCAGCAGACUUUCAAUCGAUCCAAGAACCUUGAGCGCAUGGUCCACCCGUGCGGAUCUGGAGCAUUCGGCUACUUCGAGUGCACUAAAAACACAGCCGACUUUAUGUCAUCAGUCGGCGAGAAGACGCCUGUCUUCGUUCGUUUCUCCACCGUCACUCUGGGAUGUGAGUUCCCUGAUGAGGCUCGCAACCCGCGUGGGUUUGCCAUCAAGUUUUACACUAUGGAAGGCAACUCCUGUGUUCUUUUGCGAGACCCUAUUCAAGGUCCGGACGUCAUCCGCUCUCAAUGGCGCAAUCCAAAAAACUUCUUCUUUGACUGGGAUGCUCUGUUUGACUUGCUGGCUAAUACCCCCGAGGCCAAUCAUGCGGGCCUCAUGUUCUUCAGUGAUCACGGCACACCGGUUGGCUGGAGACUUAAUCAUGGAUACGGCUGUUACACCUUCAAGUGGGUGAAUAAGGACGGAAAGUUUGUGUACGUCAAGUACCACUUUCUCGCCAAACAUGGUCAGAAGCAGUUCACUGACCCCGAAGCGGUUCAAAUGUGCGGAGAGGACCCGGACUAUUCAAAGCGAGACCUUUGGGAGGUGACUGAGAAUGGCGAAGAGAUUGAGUGGACUGCGCAUGCGCAGGUCAUGCAGCCUCAAGACGCCGAUCCCGACGUGCUUGGUUUCGAUCCGUUCGACGUCACCAAGGUGUGGCCGAGAGACGAGUUCCCCAUGCAAGAGUUUGGUCGAUUGGUGCUCAACGAGAACCCAGAGAACUUUCAUCGCGAUGUUGAGCAGGCGGCAUUUUCGCCCGGGAGCAUGGUGCCAGGCAUUGAGGGCUCCCCUGACCCGUUGCUCCAGUUUCGAAUGUUCUUCUACCGCGACGCUCAGUACCACGGAAUCGGGGUCAUCUUGCAUCAGAUUCCCGUCAACUGCCCAUUCAUGGCCAAAUCAUACGUCUCUCUUAACUUCGACGGCCGGAUGCGGACGGACGCGAACCACGCUGAUAACAAGCAAUAUGCGCCCAACAGCUUCGCACACAAGUUCCGGCCGGACGUUGCAGAGACGCCUUAUGUCGUGAACGACAAAAUCGUCAGCAGGAAGAGCCACUACUGGCACGAGGGAAAGAAGAACGACUACGAGCGGGCGACCCAGCUUUGGGCCAAGACAAUGACUGAUCAACAGCGGGAGAACACUGCCUCAAACACUGCCAAGUACCUGAAGUUUGUGAGAUAUUCCGAGAUCCAGGAGAAAUAUCUCGCACAGCUGUACAACAUCGCGCCGGACUAUGCUCAAAGUGUCUAUGACUUGUUACCGAAGCCGGCUUUCGUGUUCUAUAAGGUGAAGGAACGUGCCGUAGAUGCUCAUCUAUGGUAUAAGGAGCAGGAUUUCCGAUCGACUGAAGGGUCGAAAUUGGCGAGAAUGCCGCCGUCUUUUCCAGUCUAUGGUACUUAG